UGUAGUCCCCUCCCUAAAGCUUGGGGGCGGCCGUUAGGUCGUUGGUGGUCGCCCAGAACCGGCUGCACGUGGAGAGAAAGGGGCGGUGCUUGCGUGGUGCCGGCAACCGAGAGGGGCAGGAGCUUCCUGCUCUAGCGCCUCCUGCCGCGGCGUCCUCCCGACAUGCCGGAGGAGGCGGGCUUCCCGCCGGCCAAGAGAUUCCGGCCGGGCUGUGGGCCUCCGAGACGCGCCGGUUCCUACCCUCCCGAGAGGCGAGUAGUGAUGCUGCUGACUGCGGGCGGCGGCUGCGGUAGAGGUGGAGGAGGAGGCCGGCGACAGCAGCCGCCCCUGGCCCAGCCCUCGGCCAGUCCCUACCGUGAGGCCCUGGAGUUGCAGCGCCGGAGUCUGCCCAUCUUCCAGGCGCGGGGGCAGCUCUUGGCCCAGCUCCGAAACCUGGACAGCGCGGUCUUCAUUGGGGAAACUGGCUCUGGGAAGACAACUCAGAUCCCUCAGUACCUCUAUGAAGGGGGCAUCAGCCGCCAGGGCAUCAUUGCUGUGACCCAGCCCCGACGAGUAGCCGCCAUCUCUCUUGCUACUAGAGUGUCAGAUGAGAAGAGAACUGAACUUGGGAAACUGGUUGGUUAUACAGUGCGCUUUGAGGAUGUCACCUCAGAAGACACCAGGAUCAAGUUCCUAACUGAUGGCAUGCUAUUGCGUGAAGCAAUAUCAGACUCCCUGCUUCGGAAGUACAGCUGUAUCAUUUUGGAUGAAGCCCACGAACGGACUAUCCACACAGAUGUGCUCUUUGGAGUGGUGAAAGCUGCUCAGAAGAGGCGAAAGGAACUGGGGAAACUGCCUCUCAAAGUGAUUGUGAUGUCAGCUACCAUGGAUGUGGACCUGUUUUCUCAGUAUUUCAAUGGAGCCCCUGUCCUCUACCUGGAAGGUCGGCAGCAUCCAAUCCAGAUUUUUUACACCAAACAGCCUCAGCAUGAUUACCUACAUGCAGCUCUUGUCUCGGUCUUCCAGAUCCACCAGGAAGCCCCUUCUUCUCAGGACAUACUAGUGUUCCUUACUGGUCAGGAGGAGAUUGAAGCAAUGAGCAAGACUUGCCGAGACAUCGCAAAACACCUCCCUGAUGGCUGCCCUGGGAUGUUGGUCCUCCCUCUGUAUGCCUCCUUGCCCUAUGCACAGCAGCUCCGAGUCUUCCAAGGGGCCCCUAAGGGCUAUCGCAAAGUGAUCAUUUCAACCAACAUCGCUGAAACCUCCAUAACCAUUACAGGAAUAAAAUAUGUAGUUGACACGGGCAUGGUUAAAGCAAAGAAGUAUAACCCUGACAGUGGUCUCGAGGUGUUAGCUGUGCAGCGUGUGUCAAAGACUCAGGCCUGGCAGCGCACAGGGAGGGCUGGCAGAGAGGACAGUGGCAUCUGUUACCGGCUGUACACAGAAGAGGAGUUUGAGAAGUUUGAGAAGAUGACUGUGCCAGAGAUCCAGAGGUGUAACCUGGCGAGUGUGAUGCUUCAGCUUCUAGCUAUGAAAGUCCCAAAUGUGCUCACCUUUGACUUCGUGUCCAAGCCAUCUCCAGAUCACAUUCAGGCGGCCAUUGCCCAACUGGACCUGUUAGGUGCUCUUGAACAUAAGGAUGACCAGCUUACACUGACUCCAAUUGGAAGAAAGAUGGCAGCAUUUCCUUUAGAGCCCAAAUUUGCCAAAACCAUCCUUCUAUCCCCCAAAUUCCACUGUACAGAAGAAAUUCUGACCAUUGUUUCCCUGCUGUCUGUGGACAGUGUUCUCUAUAAUCCUCCUGCCCGGCGGGAUGAAGUGCAGGGUGUCCGGAAGAAGUUCAUAUCCAGCGAGGGGGAUCACAUCACCCUGCUCAAUAUUUAUCGGACUUUCAAAAACAUAGGUGGAAAUAAGGACUGGUGCAAAGAGAAUUUUGUGAACAGCAAGAAUAUGCUGUUAGUAGCUGAAGUGAGAGCACAACUGAGGGAAAUCUGCCUAAAGAUGUCAAUGCCAGUCAUGUCAUCGCGAGGAGACAUGGAGAGCAUCCGCCGCUGCUUGGCUCACAGUCUCUUUAUGAGCACUGCUGAGCUCCAGCCUGAUGGUACCUAUGCCACCACGGACACCCACCAGCCAGUGGCCAUCCAUCCCUCAUCUGUCCUCUUCCACUGCAAGCCAGCCUGCGUCGUAUACACUGAGCUGCUGUACACCAACAAGUGCUACAUGAGAGACCUCUGCGUCGUGGAUGCUGAGUGGCUGUAUGAGGCUGCCCCUGAGUACUUCAGGAGGAAGCUGAGAACCACCAGAAACUGAGCUGCCCCAGGCUGUGGCACUGUGGCUGUGUCUGGAGCUUGGACCACAGUGGCCUCGUGGCAGACUCCCAGGCUGGCACCUAGAGAAGCUGUGAGUUUCAGCACAGCUAUAUGCGCCUAAUCUCCAGAGGCUUGAAAUCAUCUUUGCUGAAACUCCUCAGACUGAACUGUGUAGAUGUGUACAUAUCAUUUCAACCUUGGGCAUUUCAGAAUUAUGCUUUUGGUCCAUGGUGGGUGACUUUGGGUAACUUAGUUAAUUCGUGAGCCUCAAUUGGAGAUAAUAAUCAUACUAACUUAUAAGAUUGGUGUCAUGAAGUUGAGAGAAAAUGAAUGGAAAAUUACCUAGAGCUUUGCCUGAUACAGAUACACACAUAGUAAAUUAUGAGCCAUUAUGCAUAAUGUUACUGUUUUCUAUCUGAUGUGACUUAAGUACAACAAGAUACCCUGAGUUCUUGUGACUGACAGGCAUGGAGCUUCGAUGUUGUCCUUGAUUCUAUUUAAUGUCUUUCUUUAUACAGCUUUAAAGUAGAAACAUAAGAAAUUGACUUCUGUAGAAGUUUCAAGAGGGAGGUGCUGUUGUCUCUUAUCUCCUGGGAUGGCCAUCCCUACUGAGCCUCAUGUCUCAGGGUGCAGACUAGUCUUUGCCCAUCUCGAACCAGAGAUCAGUGAAGGAGUCUCUUGGCCCUUGGCGCAUGUCCCCAUCAGUGCUUUCAGGAGACAUGUAAGUUACCUGGGUGAAAGUUGAUUGUACCUUCUGAAUCAUGUCAGAUGUAGACACAAGAAACCAACCUGUUGGUGUAGUAGUCUCCUUACACACCCAGUUGUCAUUUUUCUCUUUAACUGAGCACCUAUAAAUGUGUGCACAUGAAGAGUAAUUCUGUGCUCUGUUUCAACUGUUUCUCUGUGGGCAGGGCCCCUGGUCAGAGGUGCUGGGGGUAAGAGGGAAGGAAGAGGUUCAUGGUCAGUGAGAACCCAGAGGGCAUCUACUCCUCCCAUUCACCACGACUGGCUGUUAUAGUCUUGUAUCUUGUUGAUUUUCUGUCUUUUUUCCUUUAUAGGGACAUGGGGACAUCUGGCUUUGCAGAUGUCUCUAACCUUCAUUGUCUACAUUUGUCAGAGGGAAUUUGAGGAUCUACACAGUCUCUUCCUACUGGGGAAAGACUAAAUGUUCUUAUUAGCUAGUUUAUAUCAAAAGCAAAUAAUCUUUCCCCAGAGAAUGCUUGGACCUAGAAGCAACCAAGAUUAAGCAUGAUAAAAGUUGUGCUUAAUUGUUCCAAAAUGCAAUUUUGUCAUUACUUUACAUAGUGAAUUGCACAGUCCAUUAAGCAGGGGGCCAAACUGCCUACCAGCUUCUUCAAAGAAAGUGGGCAGUCUCUUCAAUCGGGGUCCCAUGAGCUCUUUUCAGACUGUCGCCUGAUUGCUCACCUCCAUUAAAGGGUCUCAUUGGUCCACAGUUGUCUAAAUUUAAUCUGGCAUGGUCUUUAUUUAUAAAAUUAGCUGUAGUCUGAGCAAUUUGACUUUUUAGCCCGUAUUUAGGGUUGUCUAGGUAUUUAUGUCUGUUAGAAAUGGUUACAGUUAUGUCAAAUGGAAUCUGACAGUUCCUGUGGACCUUAUUGUAGAGAAUUCUUAAACUUGAACUUGUUCUUCCACAAAUCAGCUUGUUCUUACCAUUACUGACUUCCGGAAAAGUUCUCCAGAAAGUUUUCUUUUUAAGUAUAUUUUUAUCAUUCAUAAGAGGGGGCUAGGAUGUUUAGCGUGACUUGGUAGAAGAAAAUAUUGUGCUUUUUUUGGUCAGAACUUUUGUAUAAUCUUUUAUUUUUAUUGAGCUGUAACAUUUUUGCUCUACAUAUUUUCCACAAACAAAACUGUUCCUUGUGAUCUUGAGCUGCUGUGAAGUAUGACAAUUGAUAGUAUUAUAAAAAUGUUUCCAUCUUUUCCUCAUUGAUAAAAUCUUUGCUGUUGUACGACAACUUCAGUCAAAAAAUUAUACAUAAUAACUUGAGUAAAAUAUUUAAUCUUUGACAAUAUGAUAUUGAUAUGAUAUAAACAAUCUAAUCCAUUAAAAAUAUUCUCUAUCCCAGAUCAUCCACUUUUUAUCUGGAAAUACUCAAACUAGAAAAUCUGAAAGCAUGAAGAACUUUUCAAAACCACUUUCAAGAAGUGACAGGUCUGGAGACACUUGCUUUAUGCUAAUAGGGAAUCCCUCCCUGUGGAAGUAACUUUAAGCCUCUCCAUUUUCUCUUGAAAAGGUCUGAGAGAAACAUUCACAUCAGAGGGAAGAAA